UUAAAUAGUGCAAUUCGAGCCAUCGAUAAAGUGUCGUGUGUUUGUUGUGUGUUCAAUCAACCGCUUUUCUGAUAUUUUAGCUCGUGAGGAACUGGAUUCAAAACAAGCAAGAUGAGCUCGAAAGGAAAAAGAGCGUCUAUAUUGAAGAAACAACACCUUCAGUCACACAAUCAUGAUGCUAGCGUUACUGCAAAUCCAUCCAGCACCUUCAAAGGCAACAGAAAAAUAGAGUUCAAUCGAAAAAAAUCCAUCAAAGAAUUUAUGGUCGGUGAAGACACCGAUACGAUCUGGGGCAAUUCAUAUGAAGUGUCGACGGAUGGAACGCCUUCGAGCGGGCUGGGUGAUGUGACGCUCGGCAACAGCACCUGUCGUAGCUUGGCGGAUGAACAGAAUAAGGAGAAUCGUACACAAAACUUGACCACCCCGCCUGACGAUGCACAACGACCCAGUCCGAACAGCACAAACGCAAGCUGGGACCUUUCGAUAACGAUAGCGGACGAUGAAAAGCGACGUAUUGGAAGUGAAACAUCGGCUAUGUUUUCUCAGAGUCUUAAUACUACCGACCGGCUGUUUGUUGAACCAUUGCUAUCGCCUGGGCCAAAACCAAAACCUAAACAGAGCCCUCAAACGCUGAUGGCAUGUGAUGUGCAGGCCAUGGAUAUAAGUCCGAUUAAAGGAAAUGUGACCGAGUCAGCAAAGAGAAAAAUGAUUUACUACAACCAAAAGGAGGAGUUAAUUGUUGAAAUCAAUGACGUGCCGCACAACCAGCAUGAGCGUGCCGGCACAGCAAGUGCUCCGAAGAUCGUGUUUCAAACCCCGACAAGAUCAGCCAUGAAAAGUAAUGCUUCAGACGUAUCAAGCCGGACCACCUUCCGGGGUACAUCGUUUAACGUUUCGGAAACAUGGAACUCUCAUCCACAUGCAAUGAUGAAGCAAAUGAAUAUGAUGCAGUCGAAUCUAGACGAUCUGGCCAACAUGAGCUCCGACGUGGACACUACGCUGGCAAUAACGAACACAGUGGCGAAACUGCUUGAAGCUGGCCCCAAUAUCACUAUUCCCGUUCCUACCAUAGGUAUGGAGUUAGAUGAGUCUACCACGACGGAACACAUACCCACGAAUGCACUGGCUCGUGCCAGACCCUCAUUUUUACCAUCCCAGAGAGCCGUAGAUGAAUCGCAAGAUGUACCACAAACUUCACCAGACACAUUCUCUACUGAUACACGUGAAGAAAAAAACGUAGUAGACACAGCAUCGCCAUCAGAAGGUCAUUUUCCGCAAUGUUGUGAGACGGUGCAAAAUUUGUCUCACAACAAUUUAACGCAGCAGCCUAUGGAAAAAGAAGCGAAACAAAUUCUCUCUCCUAUGAAACACCACGUGAACAAGUCCUCCACCAGCAACUUAACAACAUCUCGUCAUGGGCUUUCGAUUGACUUUGGAAUCUCUUCGUUGAGCUUGAAAAUGGAACCGAACUCGCCGGAAGCACCGACUGUAAGUCGCCCGAAAAUUUUACGUCCAACCCUUCCUUCGAUGAUCUUUAGUGAUGCCGAAGACAAAACUCGACAAACUCCAAAGGUUGAUGAAUUGAAACGGAACCUUGAAAAAGGGUCAAUAUGCAACGAGGAAGUAGAUAAAAUAGGUAAGGGUAGAGACACGAUUCACUCACCUGAAGAUAUGGAUCAAUCGAUUAACGACGAUGAUUAUCAAGAGCCUCGAAUACGUGGCGUCCUAGGAAGUGCUUCCUUGCGUGCUUCCAAACCAAUGGAAACAACCUACUUUGAUCGUACGCAACAAAGCGGUUCGAAUCAAUCUACGCUGCAGGAGGGAAACCCGUAUCGGUCGACGAUGUACGAGGCACAGCCAAUUGUAGAAGAAGGUACUCCUCCUCCGAAACAUACCGGUCAACUUCAUCGGGCGACGGUUACAACCAAUGAGAGCAUGGAAAUGACUCACGGGCCAUCACAAAUAAUCGUUUCGAAUAAACCCACCGGUAGCAACGUCCGUCCAAGCACCUACAAACCAGAGAAAACGAUGGAACAAUCGAUCGAAAUGGAACUUCAUUUGGAUAAUCACAAGCACGGUAAUGCGAGAGGCACAAUCUACGAAACAAUUUUAGUCGAAGAAAUUACUCCAUUCCAUCAACAACGUGCAGCAGAGGCGGUUGAAAACCAGCCGCAGGCCCGCAAAACCUACUACCCGGACGAAGCGAUGAAAGUGGACACCGCCAUGGCAGUACAGGUUGAAAUAACGAAGAAAAGUCCAGCCCGUAAAACUUUCUAUCCAGACGAAACGAUGAAGGUGGACUUGUCACAGCAUGUUCAAGCGAAGCAAGAAAGCGUACCUCGUAAAACGAUCAUUUAUGGCAACGAAAGUAUAGAUCUCGAUAUAUGCACCGAGACUGACGAGGGAAUCGAUACGGAAACGUCAUUGUCUUACCGACUCUACGGCAGGGAUAUAGAAGAACUAUCUAUACACGCGAGCGGGAUCGGAAGGAACGUGAUUGAUAUGAAGAUGAUCGCACGUCCGACGACACUUCGCUCGGACCCGUGUAAGGAGUCGAUUUCGGGUGGUCAUGAACCUCCAGCUGGUGAUGCAACUAUGAUGAUCGACGACGAAAAUAUAGCGAGUGUCUUUAUGCCAUCGCAAAUGGAAGCCGCUCGGGACCUGAGACGGCUAACGAGUCACGAUGUUCGCGAUAUCGAAGAAGACACUUGUUUGGGCUCAGCCGAUAAACAUGGAGCUGCAUGUACGAAACCAGCAAAAGAUGGAGUAGAUGCUUGGGGACUAUCUGCACGGUCCAGAGGCACGGAUCGUCAAACUAUUCACGAGGUUGCAAUGAUGGACGAAACGGGUCUUGCAAGCGAUCGAAUUCUAGAACCAAAUAACGUACUCAGCGAUCGUGAAUGUCCAAUGGAUCGGAUCAAAUCCCAUGAUUCCGGUGCGGAAGUCAUCAUCACCGCACGACCGUCCUACUCCGACCGAAGUAAAAGAUUCACAACUCAUGAACCGGAAGAAAUGGAUGCGCAAAAGUUGGAACAACCGGCUACAUCGUUGGUUUCGAGUAAGUCCAGAUGUUCCAUCUAUAAACAAGAGGACAUGGAUGCAAGCGAAAACGAAUGUUGUCCAACAGAUUGUGAGGUGUUUGGGUCGAACGAUGAAGUAAAUGGGCAAAGGUUAAAGCAAGACAACAGAGCUCGAAAUGCCCAGAGAAUUUCCAGCUACGAUUGUACGGAUUUGGAAGUCACGAAAGCAAAAGAAACUUCUCUAAGGCCAAGAAUCAACUCUGAAGGUUCGAUAAAGGUUCGAUACACUGCGAACGACAAUGAAAUAAUGGCCGAUACUGUAGGCAACUUAAACUUGACACAACGGAUCGAAUCGCAUGAAAACUUGCGCGAAAAACAAGAUAGUAGACCGGACCCGAAGCAACACCCUUCAUCGACCCGAUUGAGUGUCUACCAAACGGUGGCUAUGGAUGAAACAAAAAAAGAGGAUCAACUCAAUGUGACCAACUAUAAUGCCUUUUUGGUGAAUCAUGAAAUCUCACAGGCAGCGGAAAAGGUUCCGAAGCAGCAAAGACUAACGACGUGCUACAUGGAGGGCAUGGGUGAGGCCGGUUUGGAUUCUACGCGGCUUUCGAAGGAGCGUGAGCGGCAGAAAUCGAGACCAUCAUCGUACUUUGUUGAGGCAAUGGAUGAAACGAAUGGUCCGAGUGGAGUCCCCACCAUGGAUCAGACAUCUGAGACGCCCACAGUUAUCGAACGCUCCAAGCAACAUCAAUCUGCCGCUGCGCUAUCGUCACCUAUGCAACUAUGUCCAACGGGAGGACAAUCGAGCAGCAUUCCUACUACUCCGCAGGACCAACAGCAGGAUUCACAAAAGCAUCCGCGAAACUCUAUUUACCAUCCGGAGGCAAUGGAAUCCACUUUGCUACCACCGGUCGGUAACCAAAGGUCGGAAGUUGGUGAACUUCCUUCGGUGGAAGGAAGCUGUGCUUUAUCGCGAAGGAGCAAAUUACGUAGUAUUGUGCAGCAUACGGCAGUUGAAGAUAUGGAAGGAUUUUCGUUGCUCACUGAUGACGAUGUUGAUGUUGCCCAUGAAAACCAAACGGAGCCCGACCAGAUGAUGGUAAUCGGUGUAAAGGAGGAAACGGAUCAUGCUGGACCUGUGAAGAAAUUGGCGGUAAAAUAUCGACCCACAAUCUGCCAUGCUGAAGCUAUGGUUGAGGAUACAAUAGCACUUCCAAGCCGCGCAUUGACAAAGUUUGCAACAGAUCAAGAAAAGGCGGUAUACGACGUCCAUCAGUCCAGACCAGCAGAAAGGUCUCGCUCAGAGGCGUCUGCUUUGACGUCCGAACGGAAGAGUAGUGUCUGCAUGGAAGAAACAAUGCUCCCAAUUGCCAUCCGGAUCGAGCGUCCGAGAAAAAGCACCCUAGAGAAGGUGCCCAUUUUGUGUCCGGCCGAGCGUCCGCCGUCGUUUGAAAACGUUCAACCGCCAGCGUGCGACAUGCUUCGUUGCAGUAGCGAGGACACGAUGGAACUGACGAAUGUGGUCAUUUCUACACGGCAACCAAGUUUAGAGAGUAAUAAUUAUCGACAAACGAUGCAUCAACCAUCCGCGAUGGAUAUGACGUUCGGUCCAAGGGAAUCUAUUAUUCGCACCCUCAAGGACGAGGUGGAACGUGUACCUAUUGCGAACGAUCGUCGGACGGUCUACUGUUCCAAUCCGAUGGACGAAACACCGACACACAUGGGAAGGUCAUUGAAAGCAACGGAAGCUGCAAUUCCUGAACCGGUUUCACUGGAGAAAUCGACUUUAGAAACGGAAUCUGCUAUGGGUGAGAGGAUGCGUAAACCGCGACAAACGAUCCUGUGUCCUCUGGACAUGGAGGUAGAUGGGGAUGUGGAGGAACCUUCGUUGACCAUCCCCUGCAUCGACAGAGAGCCGACGGAAGAUUGUGUUCUCCGGAGUGCUCCUUCGAUGGCAACAAGGGAACCGUCGGUGAACGGCCAUAGACCUACCAUCGUACAACUGUCGGAAAUUUUGGGCGGGAAAGAAAACAUGGAACCAGGACGUGGGUAUACCUCUUCGAAAUUUGUUCCACCGUCAUCAACCGUGCACGAGCUUAGCGAUAUAUCGAUGUGCAACGCGACAACGACGAUGAUGCACCCAGAGCUGCCUCAGAUUGAUAACAUCACGGCGAUGAUGAGUUUGCGUGAGAUUACCGAACCGCUGCCACCGGCACCGUCAGUGCCGGAGCAGAAUAAUUCCGUGUCCGUCAUUUGUCGCUUGGAGCAACAAGAACCUUUGGCGAAGCAGCAAACAAACGUUCUCGACAAAACAGGGACAGCAGCGCAGCAAUCAAUAGCCACGCAAAAUGUGCUGGAAAUCGCGAGCGACGAUGAGUUUUACGAUGCCGAAGACGAUGGUGUGGCCGGCACGGAUCCCCUGUCGUUGACCAAAUCGCGACACUUGACGAUGAAGUUCGUCGACGUGGAGCAGUUGGAGCGCACGAGAAACCAUCGUGCCGCGAUUCUGGUUCCCUCGACGACCAGUAAACGUGGCCAUGCGCAUCUUCUGUGCUCACCCCUGCCCGUCUCGAGCCGGGCGUUUGAGUCGGAUCCCCUUCACGUAACACAAACCCUACACCAGGGCCCGCACCAGCAACAAUCGGUCCUAGUUAGCCAACUGACACCGCAAGGUCCGAUAAAGAAACGGCCACGAACAUCCGAUUCGCCCCGGUACGGGAGGGAUGCGGAUGAACCGGAAAUGCAACGAGCGCAAGCCCAAACAACAGAUCACCUUAAGAACUUGACCGCGGUGGUAGUGAAGGAGGAAAUUAUGGUGAAACAAGAGCACCCGGCAGCGAUGGUCGGAGACAAUCCGGUGAAAGAAGAAGAAGAAGAACCAGAAGAAUUACAUACGGUGGAAGUUUUGCCUCACCGUGCCGGAUCGCAGAUGAUCAUUAACGAUCCGUCGGUGUUCGUGAUCGAUGAGGAAGAUCUGCUUGAUGACGAAUCGAAUCCACGAUGUCAUUCGUUGACGGAAGAAAUAUUGUCCGAGCGCAAGGAACCGGGCCCUGCGGGGAAAGAAAGAACGCCAGUAGCGCUCAAUUUCGAGGACCGUAGCGAAAUACAACCGAUUUCCGUUGGGAAGAUGAAAGAGUUGUCGUUCUAUCGCGAUUUUGCAAAUCUGACGAUCGAACAUUUGGAAUCGUGGGACGAAGAGCAAGUGGGCGUUGAUGAUGAUGAUUAUGGGAGGAUGCAGCAACCGUUAUCUGGCCCAUGUUCCCCCGAACGGAAUCAUGAUGUCGAUUGCAUUUCACUCAGUGACGAUGAUGAAUCACUCAGCAUAACACCACCGAAGGUGAUGCCUUCCGGCGGUGGUAUCAGCAGUUUGUUUGACUUCAAAGAACGACCCACAUCGACGGAGGUACUAGAUUCAACGAUUGCCAGCGAGUUUAUGCACGAGUUGCGGCAAAAGAAUCCUCCUACGAGACACGCCUGCUGCAAGACACAAACCGACGAAUGUCUCUGUCGAACGAAGCGGGAACUAGAGCGACGAAGAGAAGCGGGCGAAAUUGUGUGGGGCCAGUAUUGUACGUGGAUGGAGGCAAUUAAACAACGCAUCCAGAUCGCUGGGUGUGACCAGUUGCAGCAACGGGACGAAGCCGAAUCGCGACACAAAACACUCGAGGAGCAGAUCGAAGAACUGAACUGGCGAUUAUUGCGAACGAAGCUUGAGCAGAGUUCCUUCAGCGUGGACGGUAUGAACGGUAGAACCAACCGGGCCCGUAGUCGAUCCCCGAUCCGUGGUCAGUUUCCGGAAACACCGAGCGUUGUAUUUUUGUGUGAAAAUUUACAAAGUUAUCUUUCGGAGCAAACAUUCAUUGACAAUGGCCCUCCGCCGGGGGCUCCUUUACCGGUCGCCCCGAGCAUUACGCUACUCAUCAGCAACAAGUUGUCUUCGGAUUCCGGAACCCGCUGGCAGCUAGACUGCUCGGAGGAAAACGAGGCCCUCCUAGUGCUACGACAUCGAACGCUACGAAGUGUUGUCAUCUCGGUGCAGUUACAGCAAGGCUGGGAAAAGGGAUCCAAGCGAAAACAGGCUGAAGAUCGUCGGCUCGAGCGGAUUCAGGUGCGCGAAUGUCAGCAGGAAUACGUCCACUCGCCCAAGCUGCUGUUGGCCCAUAUAGAGUUUAUGCGACUGGCAAAGGAGACGACGGAGCGAACACUCCGGUCGACGUACCGUACGGUGGCAUCGCUACUAGGGCUCUGGCAACAUUUCGAUGAACUAUUACGGCGUGUGUUCGAUUCAAUCAAUCGCCUACAGACGAUCAUACGAAAUAACGACGCCUUGCUAUGUUACGAUGCUGCGAUGGAACGAUUCUACGUGAAAAAGUACUUCCAGCGCGGCUUGGACGGCGAUAGUAUAGAACCUAACAUGUUGACGGUACAUUUCAAUUCGAUCGGAAACCUCAGUGCUUCCGGAGUAAGCUUUAAAAGGAUGUUUGCGGAGGCGCCGAAACUUCUGCCUGGUUCUGCUGGAAAUGAUUGGCAUGCCGGUGGAAGCACAGCGAAAGUCGCUGGAAGCACGGACGACCAGACGGGUCUGAUGUUUCUCGAGUGUCUAUUGUGGAACGUGACCAAACAGUUCGAUUCGUCAUAAUUUGUUGUGUAUGCGUUUUAGAGUGGAUUUCAGUUUCAACUUAAUAUUAUUUUACAAUAAAUAAAUGUUUGCAA